UACAAACCCCAAAAACAGAAAAAACAAAAAACAACAAAAGCUCCAUCUGGUCGUAUCCUUGUACAGUAGCAGCUACCAUUUGCUUUGAAACUAUCAGUCUAUCACAAACUCACUUCUUAGUUCUUACACUAACCUCACCUCUUCCCACCUUAUCUGCUUCUUCUUCUUCAAUGGCAGACGAAGACUCAGCCAGCCCCACUGACUCAGAACAACAAGAAGAACAAGAUGAGGAGCAACGACAAAAUGAGGAAGACCCAGAUGCCGAAAACCCCUCCUCAGACUCCGACUCCGACUACUCCGACUACUCGGAUUCCGACGAAGGAGAAACGCUAACCUACACCCGACCCGGUGACGAGCCACUCGACUCAAACAACACCCCGGAGAUGAACAUAAAGCGGUUCGCUCGGGUCCUCGAUAGCAAGAGAAUGAAGAAGCAGCAAGAAGAAGAGGACCGUAACUACGUGUACCACGAAGACCUCUUCGAUUUCCCAAAAGACCCAGAGAACUGGAGAGAAGAGGACUUGCAGGAGCUAUGGGCUGAUGCGCCUCUCGAGUCCACGAAGCCCGGGUGGGACCCGGUUUGGGCUGAUGAGGAAGACUGGGACAUUGUGAGAGAUGAGAUUGAGGCUGGGAGGGACCCACCCUAUGCACCAUUUUAUAUUCCUUAUAGGAAGCCUUACCCACCUAUACCUGAUAAUCAUCAUGACAUUUCCAACCCAAAGGCUGUGAUUGAGGAAUUGGAUAGGAUUGAGGAGUUUCUCACUUGGGUUAGCUAUAUUUUUGCUGAUGGCAGCUCGUAUGAAGGCACAGUUUGGGAUGAUUUGGCUCAUGGAAAAGGUGUAUAUGUUGCUGAACAAGGGCUUGUCAGGUAUGAAGGUGAAUGGCUUCAAAACAACAUGGAAGGUCACGGGGUUGUUGAAGUUGACAUACCCGAUGCAGAACCUGUGCCAGGUUCCAAGCUUGAAGCAAAGAUGCGUGCUGAAGGGAAAAUAAUAAAUAGGGAUUAUAUGACUCCAGAGGACAGAGAAUGGCUGGAGAUGGAUAUUGAAGACAGCAUACAUCUUGCUGAUGGCAAGUGGGAAGUACCAUUUUUUGAAAAUGAUGAGUGGAUUAGACAAUUUGGGAGGAAGCCGGAGAAGGGUAGAUAUCGCUAUGCUGGUCAGUGGAAGCAUGGCAGAAUGCAUGGAUGUGGUGUUUAUGAAGUCAACGAGCGUACCAUCUACGGUAGGUUCUACUUUGGGGAGCUAUUGCAGGAUUCUACUGGUUGUGAUGAAGAUAUUUGUGCGUUGCAUAUGGGUAUAGCAGAAGUAGCUGCUGCUAAGGCUCGGAUGUUUAUUAACAAGCCUGAUGGAAUGGUUAGGGAACAGAGAGGUCCGUAUAGCGAUCCUCAACAUCCCUAUUUCUAUGAAGAAGAAGAUGUGUGGAUGGCACCAGGCUUCAUUAACCAGUUUUAUGAGGUCCCUGAUUUUUGGAAAACGUAUGUACAAGAGGUGGAUCAGGAAAGGGAAAUGUGGUUAAACUCCUUCUAUAAAGCGCCACUAAGACUACCCAUGCCUUCUGAGCUUGAAUACUGGUGGUCCAAAGAGGAGGAUCCAGAAUUUGUUCUCCUCAAUAAGGAACCUGAGCCUGAUCCUGAAGAUCCAUCAAAGCUUAUAUAUACUGAAGAUCCUGUCAUACUACACACUCCAACUGGAAGGAUAAUCAAUUAUGUCGAGGAUGAGGAAUAUGGUAUUCGAUUAUUUUGGCAGCCACCACUGAAAGAUGGGGAAGAAGUUGACCCAGAGAAGGCCCAAUUCCUACCCUUGGGCUUUGAUGAGUUUUUUGGAAGAGAGGUGGCUGUGAAGAAAGAAAACAUAUGGAUGCGUCUUGUGCUGGCGGUGGAAAAUGCAUGCAAGCCAUUGUUUGAUAAACUGGAGAAAUGGACUGAAGAGAAGAAGAAAGCUAGUGAGAUGAAGAUGAAGCUGAUUGAAAAAGAACUUGAACUGGUAGAGGCUGAAUUGUGUCUAGAAGAGGCCCUUGAGGACAUGGAUGAGGAGUUGAAGAGAAGCGAGAAAGAAGAGGAAAAGAAGGUGGAAAUGGGCUUGCAGGAGGAAGAAGAUACUUCUGCAUUGCCCAACCAAUUUGAGACAUCUACAGUAGAAGAGGAAGAAAAGAAGGAAGAGGAGGAUGAUGAGGAAGAAGAAGAAGAAGAGGAAGAUGAUGAUGAUGUUGCACCUUCAAGUUUUGGGUCUGUUACUGCUGAUCAAGACCCAACAAAAAAUGACCAGAAAGGAAACAAACCGGGAAAAUCUCCAUUUUCAUCAUCUUCAUUGUCAUUUGCUUCCAGUAGCCUUGUUUCAGGGAUCCCCUCGAUGCUACAACAAUCGUUCUUAUCCUGGAAAAAGGGUAGAUCAACAUUAAAAGCAAUUCCUUCUUCAUGUGUUGAGUGCCGUACUAGCCUCCUGGAAACAGUUGACUCAGUCAGUUUUCCACCAGCGUUAAGCUCAAGAGGGCGCUUGAGAGCCAUAGGGCAAAAACAUGGGAAAGACCAAGCACUAAGCCGCUCAAAUGGAAGGUUAUCUCAGUUGCGUUCAUUAUCUCAAAUUCUGUCACGUUCAUCUGCUUCUGCAAGCUCCAAAAGAAACCUAACGGAGCCGAGAACAUGGAGCUAUGGUUGGCUGCAUAAAGCACCGGAGAGCGAUUUUGAAAGCUUAUUGUCUUUGCAUACAACAUUGCAGUAUUUCGAACCAUAUAGAGAAACAAUGUGUGGUGAACCUCUGCCUCUUCCUACUUAAAAUUCUGUAUGAACUAAGGGUAUUAAAAGUAGGUAAAUUUGCUCAUGGCCACAUUUCGGCCAAUUUUUUGUGCACUUGGUCUUAAGGUGAGUUAAGAAUCCAAAAAUGAAAACGUUGUGGUUCAUAUGUUCGUUUGUACCAUUCAAAGGCUGAGAAGCUGUGUCUGUGCCUUGAUAAAUUUUUUGGAGUUUUUAUUAUUAAUAAAGUACUUGGAGGAAAUGAAUAGGAACGAAAAUGUAGAGUUAUGAUUCCUUA